CGUUGGUUCGUUGAGGUUCUCAGCUCUGAUGGAUUCAUGGCUUUGUCGUUCGCAGUAGUAAAAGAGAUCAUUUCAUGCGACAGCUUCUUCGUACUGGAGAUCGAAGUGUCUAAAACAGCACGUGAAUGGAUUCGAUCGAACCCGAUCUUGGAGAAUCUGUUGAACUGCAUCAGGCCAUCAGGCAUCGUGUCAGCCAAUGAUGUCCUUGACAUGAUUAAGACACGGUCAGAAAAGGUUGAUUCGCAGCUGAAAAAUCGAGAAUAUUUAAUUCUCGAUAUUAACGUGGCAGCAUCGAACCGGAAUGCUCAGGUGAUCGACGGAGAGCUGAGGAUGGCGCUGCUGAAUGGCGAUUGCAAAUCGUACGAUAUGGAGAUGGAACGAGGCUUCAAGCUCCACCUCAGGAAGGACGUGGACAAUCCGUGCAUCAUACGAAUUCUGGUUCGGAACUGCGACAAUCGGAAGUACAGCUAUUACAUCGAAACGAGCAUCGACUGUGAAAACUGGAAGUUGCUCAUGGACAAGAGGAACGAGGAGCGCAGUUCCUGGCAGCAUCACAAGUUCGAACCGAAACUCAUGAUUUACGUGAAAAUCGUGGGAACUCGAAAUACAGAGAUCGAAUAUAACUAG